AUGAACAACAAUAGCAAAAUGCAAAUUAGAGAAUCCCUGGGGAUGGAAGUGGACGGUACCACGGUGGAGGGUAACCGGGGCUACCUAAUUACGCGCAUGACCCUGCUGGCAACGGUAGCCAUUUUCUGCUGUCUACUGCUUGGUUCCGGACUGCUUAUCUAUCACUUUGCAUCGUGCGAGGAACAUCAUGCGUCUUCCCUGCAACAUACAACAAUCUGCGAGCAUCAACAUUCGACAGCACCUCAUCACCAACAGCACGCGUCCGUGGCAGAACAAGCCGUUCCAGCUGAUACCAAAUUAACUUCGACGCAAAAAACGGUCACCGAGGCGACAUCCAGUCAAGAAUCCGAGACCGUUACAGCCGGAGAAAAUGACGCCAACCGAUCCAAGUCGACCAACCAGGACAAUGGUGCAACAGGUGCCGAUGUAACGCCACGCACGGAGACUGUUGCAUCAUCGGUUAGGGAGGAUUUACGGUUGCCACGAUCGAUCGAACCUGUUGCUUACGACAUUCGGCUGGUACCGUGGCUGGUGGAGGACAAUUUUACCUUCUUCGGAGCGGUGGAAAUUCUAGUCAACGUGCUUGAGGAUUGUAACAACGUGACACUGCAUGUGGCCGCGUUAACAGUUCACAGUGCCAGCGUGGAACGUGUUGGACGAAAUGGAGCUGAAAAGGGCACACAAGAAGGGGAUGAGUCCGAACUAGGUAACGAUCCUACUCCUCCGGGGAUUGUAUGGCCGGAAAUUGUUGAAAUCGACCACAACAUAACCGUUACCAGCAAGCAGUUUUACGUGCUUGUAUUGAAGACACCGCUACGACGGGGUGAUCAGUACAUGGUCCGGAUAAAGUACGAAGGUAUCCUCAACGAUUACCUGCAAGGUUUCUAUCGAAGUUCUUACACCGCAAACAAUGAAACAAGAUGGAUCGCUACGACACAGUUUCAACCUACGGAUGCACGACGAGCUUUUCCGUGCUUCGAUGAACCAGCGUUAAAGGCACGAUUUAAUAUCAGUAUCGCACGAACCAAGGACAUGAUAUCGCUCUCCAACAUGCCACGGUUGCGUUCGUAUGAAGCUGGUGAGCCAGAACUGCAAGGCUACGUUUGGGACGUUUACCAGCAGUCCGUUCCGAUGUCCACGUAUUUAGUGGCGUUUGUCGUAUGCGACUAUCAGAACCUCACCGCGGGCAACUUUGCCGUCUGGGCUCGGGCGGAUGCGAUCAGUUCGGCCCGUUACGCGCUGAGCGUGGGACCGAAGCUGCUAAAAUUCCUGGAGGACUUUUUCCACAUCGAUUACCCACUGCCGAAGGUGGACAUGAUCGCGCUACCGGACUUUAGUGCGGGUGCGAUGGAAAACUGGGGUUUGAUCACGUAUCGCGAGACGGCCAUGUUGUAUGAGGAAAAUGUUUCAGCCAUCAGCAACAAGCAACACGUCAUUACUGUAGUUGCCCACGAGCUAGCACAUCAGUGGUUCGGCAAUUUGGUCACACCUUCCUGGUGGACAGAUUUGUGGUUAAACGAGGGAUUCGCCAGCUACAUGGAAUAUCUCGGGGUGGACGCAGUGGAACCGGCCUGGAAGUCUAUGGAACAGUUUGUGGUAAAUGAACUGCACAACGUAUUUUCGCUCGAUGCCCUCUCUUCAUCGCAUCAGAUUUCGGUGGAAGUGCACAACCCAGAAGAGAUCCACGAAAUAUUUGACAAAAUAUCGUACGGCAAAGGCGCCACAAUUAUUCGCAUGAUGGACCAUUUUCUCACAACGGAGGUGUUCAAACGGGGGCUCACUAACUAUUUAAACGACAAAAAAUAUCAGAGCGCCAGCCAAGAUGACCUUUGGGAAUAUCUUACCAAUGAAGCACGGCGUGGUGGAAUUUUCGAUGAUCAUACAUCGGUGAAGGAGAUCAUGGAUACGUGGACGUUACAGACCGGAUUCCCAGUGGUGUUUGUACAUCGAAACUACGAAUCGGAUAGUAUAGAAUUUCGACAAGAACGAUUCGCGUUCGGAAAUGGAUCCAAUGGUUUCGAUUCUGCCCACCAGAGUGAACGGUAUCUGUGGUGGAUACCAAUCACUUACACUACACUCGGGGACAGUAACUUCCGCCAGACGAAACCAGCCAUCUGGAUGAAGGCGGAGGAGGCUUUGGUGAUCAAUAAUCAUGACAUACCCAGUCACGAUUGGAUGAUCGUUAAUGUGCAACAAACUGGUUACUAUCGGGUGAACUAUGAUGAACGCAAUUGGCAGUUGAUCGUUAAGCAUCUGCAGGAUAGGAGCAAGUUCAAAACGAUUGCCGCUUCAAACCGGGCUCAGUUGAUAGACGAUGCGCUUAAUUUAGCCCGUGCUGGCUAUCUAGAUUAUGUCGUAGCCCUCAAUGUGACGCGGUACCUUGUGCACGAGACGGAUUAUGUGCCAUGGAAGGCGGCUAUUGCCGCGCUCAACUACAUCGACUCAAUGCUCAUACGCACCCGUCAUUAUGGACUUUUUAAGAAAUACUCCAUGGAUCUAUUGGAAAACAUCUUCCGGGAGGUUGGGUUCGACGAUCAUCGAGACAGCCCGCUGUUGACCGUGUACAAGCGCAUCAGUGUGCUUAAAGCGGUUUGUCAUCUAGGACACAAUGAUUGCGUAAACCACUGCUUUCGCAAGUACUACGAAUGGAUGCAGCAACCUAAUCCCGAUAUAAACAACCCAAUUUCGCCCAAUCUGAAGAGCACCGUGUACUGUACAGCCAUCAAGUACGGUGAUGAAAAGGAAUGGGACUUUGCGUGGGAUCGAUUCCAGAAGGCCACGGUUGCCAGCGAGAAGGAAAUUCUCUUGUCUGCGAUGGGAUGUUCCCGCGUCCCGUGGAUUUUAACGCGCUACCUAGAAAACGCAAUGUCGGACGAGUAUGGUAUCCGCAAGCAAGACGCAUUCCGAGUGUUUAUAUCCGUGGCAGAUAACGUCAUCGGUCAGCCCAUUGCGUUUGAUUACAUGCGUAACAACUGGGCGAAAAUGAAGAGCUACUUCGGUGCUUCGAUGUCGAAUUUGAACAUAAUUCUAAAAUAUUGUACCAAGCGGUUCAAUACCGAGUCGGAGCUGUUGGAACUGAAGGAGUUUGCCGAAAUUCAUUUAAAAGACAGCGGUCGUACAAUACAGCAAGCAAUCGAAUGGACGGAGUCGAACAUCGCUUGGUUAAACCGCAACGCGCAGCCGAUUGUUAAUUGGUUGAAUGAAUUUUAAAAUACCAUC